UGUUACGUCCACGAUCUUUCACACCUAACUCGAGAAACGUCGGGCCAAUUGAUUUCCCGCCAUUUCGCAUCUCCCUAUCCCGGAUACAACCUCGUAUCUCGCGGAAGCACUUACGACGCAAAUGCGCAUGUUGAGAAGCCAACCUCAACUUAAACGGUGAAGACGGUAGUGAGGGCUGAAAUACCGUCAACUUGGCCAACCGGAUACUAACUACCUCAUGAGCUGGCCACAGGUCUCCGCCAUGGGAACCGGUGGGAAUGGAUCUGGUAUUCCGGGUGCCGGUGGCCAGGAAAUGCCUGGAGGUGCGUCUGGUAACCACUCAAACCAACCACAUGCCACCGAGUACACAUUACAAGGCGUUAUGCGCUUCCUUCAAACCGAGUGGCAUCGUCAUGAACGAGACAGAAAUGCUUGGGAGAUUGAACGCCAGGAGAUGAAAGGGAGGAUAGCCGCUCUCGAGGGCUCGGCUAGAAGAGCAGAUGCCACGCAGAAGGCACUUAAGAGAUAUGUUACUAUUUUGGAGAAGAAGGUAAAAGACCAGGCCGCCCAGUUGAAGGUUGCUUCUUCUACACCUUCCGCCACGGACCAUUCCGUGAAGCAACCUCAGAAGAUCGAUAGGGCUGCCUUGAUACAAGAGAAGCUGAAGUCAUCUAGCGAGAAACCGAAAGAGCCGCUACCUGGUCUAGAAGGUCUUCUAGGCGAACGCGUCCAGGAAGAUGACGAGCGCGAGAACCUCAGGGUCUUCUUGGAUCAGUGCCAAGCUGAAUUCACUUACCUCAUGGUCACUCCCGCUAACCCUAUGCCUCCCCGAGAAUCCCCGCCUUUGCCACUGAUGGAAGAGGGCGACUUCGGACUGCCUAUGAAUCAACAACCUCUAGACGCCGCCUUUCAGGCCUUGAGGCUUAACCAGAAUCAUGUGAAGGACCCGGGUGCGCGUCCAGGCACAGGGAACACUAACAACCACCAUAUACCGGCGAUGCAGCAAGGCCAUAACGUUAACUUGCCCCCGAAGAAUGCCGACCUGCAAUCGGCACCUAUGGUUCGAUCGGGUGAGGGUCCCGCUCCGAUGUAUUCGCAUCCAGGUGACUGGUCUGUCUCUGGACCACCUGCGGCUCGUAUGCAGGAAGAUAUGAAUGCGAAAUCAAACCAUUCGAACGAGUCUUCGCGUUCCGAGUUCGGGGAAGCUCCGUUAGAGAAGCGAGGACCAACUGAUAACGAUGCUUGGGACUUCGGCGAAGGAAAUUUCCCUGAUCCAGCAUCUACGCAGCAACUUCAGCCCCUUACGCACCGCCCAGAUACAGAUGCUUUCCCUAACGCUGAAAAUCUUCCCAAGUCACCAAACCGCGGUCCUGCUUCCCACAGACGAAAGACUUCCAUGUCUCGAAGGAAGAGCGCGGACCAGGAACUUUCGCUCAACGGCAUGUCACAGAAAACGGAGCAUGGUAGUUUCAAGCUCCGGUAUGGGCUGCGUGGGCAUCUAAACGCGGUUCGCAGUGUGAUAUUCUCUGGUGGCGGAAGUCCGGGCGAGCCGGAAAUUUGCACGGCUGGUGACGACGGUUUGAUCAAGCGUUUCCAUAUUCCACGCGAGACUCCGGGUCAUCUCGGAAACAUAUCCUCUGAUCUCGAUGUACCUGCCGAUUUUACCCAUCGCGGACACACCGGUGCCGUACUAUCACUAACGUCGUGGUCUCCAUCCCCUAAUUUCUCCACUGGCGGUCGUGCCCAAGGUGACGGCUGGAUCUUUUCAGGUGGCCAGGAUGCGACAAUUAGAGUGUGGGAACGUGGUAGAGUAGAUCCCAAAGCGACUCUCGACGGCCAUAGUGAUGCCGUCUGGGCUAUCUGCGUACUGCCCGCCACACUUGGCUCUGUUUUCGGUCAGACUAACCCGUACGGCACGCCGGAUCGCAUUCUGGUCGUUUCUGGAGCUGCCGAUGGAGCUGUUAAGAUAUGGGCUGUUAGUGCGCCACCACAAUUGACGUCGCCGCAGCCGGCGCCACCUCGCCGUGGUACGGGAAGUGGACGAGUUAGAGGCAACUCCAUGAGUUCCGGAUCACAGUUUCCAAGUUCGCCUCAGCCCAACAUGGCCUCGAAUUCGCCGUUCCAUUACACCUUGGUCCACGAUAUUCGCCGAUCUAAUGGGUCGCAGGCUUCACCGACGUGCAUUACGCCCUUGUCAGCUAGCGGAGAAACUUUCGUCGUCAGUUAUUCGGAUGCUGCUAUCAUCGUAUUCGACACGAGGACAGGCGAGGAGAUUGGCUCCAUGGCUAGCCUCGAAACCUAUGACAAUACAAUAGGUACAAGCGUCAACUCUGUCGUCGCGACCACAGCUGGUCUUGAUCAGAGCUCCGGAACGGGCUUGGGCGAUGAUGAUACAAGUGGUCCUACCGGCGGUAGUGGUACGGCCAGUAGCGGGAUCGAGGGUGUUAUUAUAUCUGGUCACGAGGACCGGUUUAUUAGGUUCUUCGAUGCCAAUAGCGGUCAAUGUACAUACAACAUGCUCGCGCACCCCGCGUCGAUCUCGUCCCUUUCUCUCAGCCCCGAUGGCCGUGAGCUCGUUUCUGCUGGUCACGAUGCAAGCCUUCGAUUCUGGUCUCUGGAAAAGCGAACAUGCACCCAAGAGAUCACUAGCCACCGAAUCAUGAGAGGGGAGGGUGUUUGCUCCGUCGUUUGGAGCCACGACGGCCGAUGGGUUGUCAGCGGCGGAGGGGAUGGGGUUGUAAAGGUAUUUGCGCGGUAAUGCUAGCCGCCUGGGGAUGUUCAGGGCAACACAUGAGGGGAAAUUAUGGUAAUGGUGUGCGCCUAGCCGAGGAGUUGGUGGAAUUAUCCUGCGACAGAACGAAUCUCACACUAGACGGAUGAUCCUAUCCGAU